UACGCCGAUCGGUCUGUGCAGCGCCAUCUGAAGUCACACACACCUGUUGUCGCAAUCUUUCACCGAGGCCUGCAGAUGUUAUUAUUUGUGUUUGUGUAUUUUGAGACGACAACAAAGGUUUUUGAGAUGUUUGAGAAGCUGAAGAAAAGUGCGUAUGAUAUGAAGGACUUCAGGCGCGUCGCUAUGAGGAGAAGAUCGGGUCGCAAAUCUGUUUCUGAAAAAGGGGAAUUGGAUGACUUUAAAAAGGAGGGAGGGCACAGUGAGAUCUAUAGGCACUGUCUAAUGUUCACAGUCAACAAACACAAUCCAACAGACGAGAGGAGUCAAGUAUCAGGAGAUCCUGUAUCUGUUGGACAGUGUGAUGGUUCAGACAGAAGUUUAUUGAGAGAGAGAUCUUCAGUGCUGAGAAAAUCAGCCGUGUAUACAGUAUCACCGAUGCCUCCUCCACCCGUUCUUCCAAAACCAAAGUUCCAGUGUCCAAUAAAGACUUCUAAUGAGCACAUCACGGAUCAAGAAGAGACGGUGACAAAUAUGAGUCAAGAGAGGACCACUGCUGCCCCCGAAUUUCCCCGACAUUUUGACAAGGGAGCUUCACCAGAUUGUUCUCCAUCCAAGCAGCUCAUGCAAACCCACCUUAACUCUAGAGACUCCCAGGACAGCCAGGAGGACGGAUUAUUCAAUCUGUCACCACCAGGUAACGAAUGGCCUGAUUGGUCGGGUUGGUGGUCGGUAGAGCAAUUGACCCGCACGGAUCCAGAUCAUCUCAAGACUCCGUCAGGAACCGGUGAGAGUGAAAGUGUUCUUCAAAACCAUGAGGAACGACUGAAGAACAUGGAAAAUAAUGAUGACAAACAAGACGUCAAAGAGCUGAAACUCUAUAAGAUUGCGAACGAACUUCUGCAGACCGAGCGAGCUUACGUGAAGCGACUGCAUUUACUCGAGCAGGUGUUUUGUGUCCGACUCUCGGAGGAAGCUGUGAAGGGAACGUUUCCUCUAGAGGUGGUCAAGGGCAUCUUCUCUAAUGUAGGAUCCAUCUACACCUUCCACAGCAAGUUCCUCCUGCCUGAUCUGGAGACACGGAUGAACCAGUGGGACUCCACACCUCGCAUCGGGGACAUCUUGGCACAGCUCGCUCCUUUUCUGAGGAUGUACGCAGAGUACGUAAAAAAUUUCGACAGUGCCAUGGAUCUGCUCAAACAGUGGACGGAACGCUCGCCGCAGUUUAAUGCCAUUAUUCAGGACAUACAAAGCAUGAAGGAGUGUGGAAAUCUGACUCUACAACAUCAUAUGCUGGAGCCGGUACAACGGAUCCCUCGCUACGAGAUGCUUCUCAAAGAUUAUCUGAAGAAACUACCAGAGGACGACAGUGACCGCAGCCAGGCAGAGAAGUCUUUGCACAUCAUCUCAAUGGCUGCCACGCACUCCAACAUGGCCAUUCGUAAGAUGGAGAACCUGAAGAAGCUCAUGGAGAUCUAUGAGAUGCUGGGAGGAGAGGAGGACAUAGUGAAUCCCUCAAAUGAGCUCAUAAAGGAAGGACAGAUCCUGAAGCUGGCAGCCAGAAACACAUCAUCCAUGGAAAGAUACCUCUUCCUGUUUAACAACAUGCUGCUAUACUGCGUGCCAAAGUUCAGUCUGGUGGGUCAGAGGUUUACAGUACGCACACGGGUCAGGGUCGAGGGCAUGAAAGUGCUUGAAACCUCCAACGACGAUUACCCACACACGUUUCAGGUGUCGGGUAAAGAGCGAACGCUGGAGCUACAGGCCAGCUCAGAGGAAGACAAAGAGGACUGGAUCAAGGCAUUUCAAGAGACCAUCGCAAUAUUUCAGCAGAAAAAUGAAACGUUUAAAUCGGCCUCUAAAGAAGUGGUGGAUGAGGUGUCUAAAGAGGAGUUGGGGAAGAGAGCUCCUCGCUGGAUUCGGGAUAAUGAAGUGACCAUGUGCAUGAAAUGCAAGGAGCCUUUUAAUGCUUUGACCCGCAGGAGGCACCAUUGCAGAGCAUGCGGAUAUGUGGUGUGUUAUAAAUGCUCAGACUACAAGGCGUCACUGAGGUACGACAGCAACAAAUUAAAUCGGGUGUGCAAGGACUGCUACUUUAUAUUAACCGGCAGAGCAGAUGCAGAGGAACCGGCUGGCGGUAGGAAAAGAGGAAUUCUCGAGAUUGAAGCGGCUCAGGUGUCAGGAAACAGUUUCAUGUGUGGCUUCCUACAGUACAGCGACAGAACCAAACCGUGUCAGAGGGUCUGGUGUGUGAUUCCUCAGCACGACGCAUUGGUUCUUUAUCUGUACGGUGCCCCGCAGGAUGUCAAAGCCCAGUGUACGAUUCCUCUCCUGGGUUAUCAGGUUGAAGACGUCCAUCGACCCGUGGAUCAUCCUCCUACCAGCUUUCGUCUGUGUCAGUCCAAAUCCGUCCACUGUUUCACUGCCGAUACAGAGGAAAUGAAACUGCGCUGGCUGAGAGUCAUCCACAAAGCUGUGAUCGGAGAGACGCCGGAAUGCCAGACGCCGUGCGACGACGGGCCUGUCAACGGCUGUCACGACAGAGGACCAGAUCUGACAGCGGCGUGUCUGUGACGUACAACUUCACAUUACAUAACCGAAGCACUUACAGAACUUUCUUGUAUUUUAAUGUGUACAAAUCUUUUAGUGAUCACAUGCAGUCAGUAAAUCAGUCAGGAUGCUUGUAUGAUUUUAUUGUCGGACUUUACGUUUGCAUACCAAUGAUGCUUUGUGAUUCGAGUCUUGUUUAUAUGGUGUUCGUCCUGUUUACCGUCCCUGGAAUUUUGUGCACUACUGCUUUUUGUAAACCGAAAUUCACUAUUGAAAUAAAUUGAAUAAAAGUGUAUAUAUACAUCUUCA